AUGUCCGCAUUUCUUCCACAUCUUAGAACCGGUUGGCAUGUUGAUCAAGCCAUUCUAUCAGAGGAUGAUCGAUUGGUGGUGAUCCGUUUUGGGCGUGAUUCAGAUCCAGCUUGCAUGCUAAUGGAUGAACUAUUAUUCAAAAUAUCUGGUCCUGUGUCGCAGUUUGCUGUUAUUUAUCUCUGUGAUAUUGACAAGGUUCCCGACUUCAAUGAGAUGUAUGAGUUAUACGAUCCGAUGACAGUUAUGUUCUUUUACCGUAACAAGCAUAUGAUGUGUGACUUUGGUACCGGAAAUAACAAUAAGCUGAAUUUUGUGGUAUCUUCAAAGCAAGAGCUCAUCGAUAUCAUAGAAACUAUUUAUCGAGGCGCAAUCAAGGGCAAAGGUCUUGUGGUAUCUCCAAGGGAUUAUGGUAAGGUAAGAAAGUCGUAA